UUCGGCCUAGAGCGUAUACGUGUCUUUUACUUCCUAUUAUUAGCUGUCAGUGAUUGUACAGGAGUGAUAUAAAAAGGCGGAGCAAAAACCAGGAUUAAUCAUUCGCAAUUCACUGUGCAACAAAUAAACUUAUCGAAAUGGCAGCUAAGUUCGUCGUUGUAGCUCUUUUGGUGGCAGCUGCCCAGGGCAGCGCCAUCCAUGGCGGUAACUACAACAGCUUCUCCUAUGGAGUGUCGGACCCCCACACCGGCGAUGUGAAGAGCCAGCACGAGACCCGCGUGGGCGACAGCGUGGUCGGUCAGUACUCGCUGCUGGACUCCGACGGCACAAAGCGCACCGUCGAUUACGCCGCUGAUGCCCACUCCGGAUUCAACGCUGUCGUGCGCAAGGACCCUCUGCUGCACGCCGCUCCCGUCGCCAUCGCCCACGCCGCUCCUCUGGCCGUCGCUGCUCACGCUGCUCCCCUGGCGUACGCCGCCCACGCCGCUCCUCUGGCCCAUGCCGCUCCCCUAGCGUACGCUGCUCACGCAGCUCCUCUCGCUCACGUCGCCCACGCUGCCCCUCUCGCGUACUCCACCAGCGUCGCCCACGGUGCUCCUCUUGCCCACGCCGCGUACGCCGCUCCCCUGGCGCACACUGCAUACGCUCACGGUGCCAUCGCCGCUCCCCUCGCUCAUGUCGCCCAUGGCGCUCAUGGACUCGGAUAUGCCGGCCAUUUGGGAUACUCCCACUAUUAGAAACUAAAUUAUACUAGACAAUAAAUAAUACUCAAAUAAGCUAUGGGUUUUUACCAUGGCCACGAAACUGCUGUGAUUACGUCAAAUAAAU